AUGCGCGUGUGUUUUGACGGGCUGUGCUUCGCGUCACGGCGCCCGGCCGUCGAGCAGGAGACGCAGACGGUCUUGUGCGGCGCAACCGCACUCGACGCCCAGCAGCUCGGCCGGCUGCUGAAGUACACGAACUUCGCGUCUCCCGCCGCACCACCCGUUGCCGCUGCGCCACGAUUCGGUGACGUACUGACAUCGGUUCCGGCCGCGAAGAAGACUGCCGCGUCGUCCGCGUCGGUUGCAGCGACCGCAUCAGUCAACGCGCACGGUUUCGCGAGUGCAGAUCGUUUGUCGCGGCAUAGCAGCAGUAGGUGCGAACAGUCCGCGACCGCGAGUGUUCCACGCGACCGCAACGAUCGCGACGACGAGAUGAGUGACCAGAGCGCGUCGGCGGCCACGGUGCCGACGAACGCGUCUGAUACCGUCAACAACAAUCUGGACGCGGGCACAGUGAACAGCUACAAGCAGCUGGCGCAGCUGCAAGGUGACCAGCAAGUCCAGGGCAUCCUGCAGAACCUGUUCAUUGGCGAUGGGGACGCGCUGGGGCUGUCGCCACAGGUCCAGGAGCUGCUCAAGGUCGUCCAGGCGAAGGACAUUCGCAUCCGUGAGCUGGAAGAUCUGUUGCGUCAGAAGCACGAUGAGGUAGCGGAGUUGCGCAGCCACCUCGACAAGUUCCAGAGUGUGUUCCGAACGGGCGGCGGUGCGACGGGGGUGUCUCCCGGUGGUCGUAAGCUCGGCACACACGGAGGAGUCCAGAGACAGCGUGCUCAGGGCAUUUCGGCCGAACCUCAGAGUGAGAGCUCUGUGCUGGAGCUGAUGCACGUCACGUUCCCGAAGUAUGAUAAGGAAGAAAGGUAA